AUGUCAGGGGGGACGGUGGAAAAGAUGUGCAGGGUUUUAGAGGACCAGCUGACUGAGAGCAACAACCGAGCAGACGAGCUUCAGAGGCAACUGACGGAAGUUUCUGCUCAAAAAGCACGAGCCGUAACAGAAGCUGAUGAGUACCGUCGUCGUCUGGAGGACAGGGACGCUACAAUUGGUCAGCUGCAGCGCUCCAAACUUAGCUUUUGCCAGGACACUGAGAAUUUGAAGAGGCAACUUGAAGAAGGAAGCAAUGCUCGGGUGGCGCUGGCUCACGCUGUGCAGGCGUCCCGUCAUGACUGCAGUUUACUGAGGGAGCAGCUGGAAGAGGAACAGGAGGCUAAAGCUGAGCUGCAGAGGGCGCUGUCCAAAGCCAACAGCGAGGUGGUUCAGUGGCGAGCCAAGUACGAGACUGAAGCUGUGCUGAGAAUAGAGGAGCUGGAAGAUGCAAAGAAGAAGCUGGUGGUGAAACUGCAGACGGCUGAAGAAGCUGUGGGGGGAACUCAAGCUAAAUGUGCCACGCUGGAGAAAACCAAACAUCGUCUGCAAACGGAGAUCGACGACCUGGUGGCAGCAGUGGAGCGCUCCAACGCUGCCGCCCUGGCUCUGGACAAGAAGCAGCGGAACUUCGACAAGCUGCUGGGCGACUGGAAGCUGAAGUUCGAGGAGAGUCAGUCGGAGCUGGAGGCGUCGCAGAAAGAGUCUCGCAGUCUGAGCACGGAGCUCUUCAAACUGAAGAACAGCUACGAAGAAGCUCUGGACCAUCUGGAGACCGUGAAACGAGAAAACAGAAACCUGCAAGAGGAGAUCCUGGACCUGACGGAGCAGAUCGGUCAGGGAGGAAAGACCAUCCAUGAGCUGGAGAGGAUGAAGAAGAUACUGGACGUGGAGAAGAGCGACAUCAGAGCUGCUCUGGAGGAAGCAGAGGGGACGCUGGAGCACGAGGAGAGCAAGACUUUGAGAUUUCAACUGGAGCUGCAGCAGAUCCGGACUGAGAUCGACAGAAAGAUCGCAGAGAAAGAUGAAGAGAUGGAAAACCUCAGGCGGGGCCACCAGCGCUCCCUGGAGAACAUGCAGACCAGUCUGGAGGCGGAGGUCCGCAGUCGCAGCGAGGCGGUUCGUCUGAAAAAGAAGAUGGAGUCGGACCUGAACGAGAUGGAGGUCCAGCUGGGACACGCCAACAGACAGGCAGCCGAGAGUCAGAGGAUCAUCAGACACCUGCAGACUCAGGUCAAGGAGCAGCAGGUGGAGCUGGAGGACAGAGUCCAGCUGACCAAUCAGCUCCAGGAGCAGCUCGUCCUGUUGGAGCGUAGAUGUUCUCUGAUGGCCGCCGAGGAGCAGGAGCUGAGAGGGAUCCUCGAGCAGACCGACCGCGCUCGAAAGAUGGCCGAAAACGAGCUGACGGAGGUGUCCGAGAGAGCCACCCUGCUCACCACACAGGUACACAAACCAGCCGUGACAAGAAACCGUCUGCAGGAACGCUGA